GUCACUUCACAGCCAAUCGGCUUGCGCUCUGCUCUUCUUGAAAACAUGUCGCCCAUGAAGCUGUGUGUUCCAGGUGAUAGGCUAUGCAGCACAGAGGACUGUAUGCCUGGUACUGGGGUGUACCUACGACACGGCUACAUCUACUCCUCGCUAGCAGGCUACGUACUCAGGAAGAACGAAGGAGAGGAGCUACCAGUCAUCUCUGUGGUAAGAGAAACAGAGGCCCAGCUACUGCCAGAUGUAGGAGCCAUAGUCACCUGUAAGGUGACCAGUAUCAACCCCAGGUUUGCCAAGGUCCACAUCCUCUACGUUGGUUCCACGCCACUGAAGGACCGCUUUAGAGGAACCAUCAGGAAAGAAGAUGUACGAGCAACAGAAAAAGACAGGGUGGAGACGUAUAAAAGCUUCCGUCCUGGAGACAUCGUCCUGGCUAAAGUCAUCUCCCUGGGAGACGUCCAGUCCAACUACCUGUUGACCACAGCCGAGAACGAGCUGGGGGUGGUGGUAGCCCACAGUGAAGCAGGAGCCCAGAUGGUGCCUAUCAGCUGGUGUGAGAUGCAGUGCCCGCGGACGCAUGCCAAAGAGUUCCGCAAGGUGGCCAGGGUGCAACCCGAGUACCUGCAGGCGUGAGCAGGGUCCCCUCACCUCUCCAGUCCCCCCGGGCAGGGGCCCCCUUUCCCUUCCUCAAGGAACACACAGCUUCCCUCCUCCCUCCCUCUCUGACAGAGAGACAAACACACUCACUCACACUUUGAUUCUCAAUGAUGCAUUGUGAGUACAAAGGACCAAAUAUUGUACAGGUCAUGUACAUAUGCUUGGACACGAGUCCACGGGUCAUUGACCUGACACACACACACAAUAAACAGAGCCUUAUGUUCAGGGGGGGGAUACCUCAACAGUAGAUUCCUCCCUCUACGACCUAUAGCAAGGAAGUAUUUUUUCCCUCUUGGUUCUGGAGGGCUACAGUAGAGGUGCAGGAUUUUGUUCCAGCCCAGCACUAGGACGGACACCUGAUUCAACUGAUCACUGGGGCCUUGAUUGGCUGAAUCAGUCUCGUUAGUGCUGGGCUGGAACAAAAGCCUGCCCUCCCUGUAGCCCUUCAGAACCAGGAAUGAAUAAAUCACACUGAUCUGGGUUACCUUCUGAUCCGAUACCCUUGUCCCUGAAGUGUGCACUCCUGUAUCCCCCAUGUAUUUACUAGCAUAUUUCAUAUACCUUUCCUUUUAAAUCCAUGAGGGGUAGUGAAUGAGUGCACACUUUGGGGGGGGAAAGGGUAUAGAAUCAGACCACAGCCGUGGGGUGACAGUCACCAGUACAGACAAGCCCAAGUCCAAAUUGACCUCUAAACUCUACACUCUAGUGCGUAGGGCUUGAUUUGGGAUUGGGCCGUAGACGGCUAACACUUGGGAUGUCGAAGUAAAGUAAAGCGCUGGAAUUGAAACUGUUAUUUUGUGGCGCCACUGUUUGACUCAUACGACCACGUGGUCCUUUCUGCACCUAGUCAGAGAAAUGGACACGUCUUGAUGCUUUUCUCUAAGCAUUAUUCUUUCUUCUGUUGUUUCAAAAGAAUACUUUUUGUUUCUUUUGUCUGUUUCAUUUCUUCCUGUACAUGUCAGCAGAGGCACGUGUUUUAAGAGUCAAAUAAAAUGAAUACCAAAGC